AUGACCGACGGGAUCAUUUUCAUGCUACUGAAUCGGCUGGCUUCAACAACUUAUGAAUAUGUGGACGGAGAGGUGAAGUAUGUUUUGGAAGCCCAGAAAGAUAUUGAAGAAUUUGCUGGCACUGUCAAAGCCAUUCAAGUCGUUCUCGAAGAUGCGGAGCAAAGGCAAGUCAAGGAGGCUAGCGUGAGGAUCUGGUUGGAUCAGCUCAAAGACAUAUCCUUCCAGAUGGUGGACGUGCUGGACGAGUGGAACACUGACAUGCUAAGACAACAAGUUGAGAAGCAAGAACGAGAAGGUGAAGAUGCUCUUGUUCGUAGCACGAAGAAGAAGAAGGUAAUUCUCUCUGGUUCCCCUAGCUGCUUUUGUUUUGGCAAAGUCAGACGGGUAAUUCUCCGUCGUGACAUUGCCCUUAAGAUAAAAGAUCUGAAUGGUAGGUUAAGUGCGAUUGAUGAGCAAAGAAAAAGGUAUGAGUUUCAACACAUAUAA